AUGAGUGCAGUGAACAAUAUAAAUUCUAUUGUGGAAAAAAUAGCGAAGAACAUCCCGUUGGCUGAAUACGAUGUGGAGUACGGUGAAGGCAAUGAAAAAGGGGAAGGAUAUAUGGGGGAAAUGGCGUUCGUUAAAAUUACACCAAAGGGAAGUGGAAAAACUUACAACGUUGCAAUCAAACGAGCUUUCACCAAUCAGUCGAUCCGGGAAGAGGUCCCUAUUAGGGACGUGUUUUUAAAUGAAGUGUUCUUCUACAAGGAGUGCUUUCCUGUUUUACAGCAAUUACAAAGUGAGCUGGAUUUGCCAAAAUUUAAUAAUGCCCCGAAAUGUUUUUAUACAAGCACUGAACCCGAAAACGAAUAUCUCGCAAUGGAAAAUUUAAAAACAUCGGGCUUUGAACUUUUUCCUAAAGAAAAAAUUAUACCUUACGACCAUUUCGAAGUUCUUUUUAAAAUCUAUGCUAAUUUACACGCAACCUCCGUCGUAUUAAGAAAAACACAACCAGAAAAGUUCGAAAAACUCGCUUCGAAUUUUAAAGAAGUAGCUACGCAAUUCUUCGAUAAUCCUGGCAAUAAUAAUUUAUGGAACGCAUUUUUUAAACAAACAGGAAAUAAACUAAUACCUGGUCAAGACGAUAAAACCAUAAAUGCGUUUGAAAAAAAAUAUUCCAACAACGGAGUUUUCCAUUUCAUGGACUCUUGGGGAUAUCAUGGACAAGACCCUGUCAUAAACCAUGGAGAUUGCUGGAGCAACAAUGUGAUGUUGAAAUAUAACAAACAAAAAGAACUAGUAGACCUAAAAGUAUUAGACUGGCAACUACUAAAACUAGGUUCCCCAGUCCACGAUUUAUCGUACUGCCUGUACUCAGGAGGUUCCAAGGACACUUUCGAUAGAUUAGAUGAGCUUCUCCAAGUCUACUACAUGAGUUUCAGUGAUGUUUUAAAGAUAGCAGGCCUGAAUUUCGAAGAAGUCUACCCGUAUUCCUUGCUGGAAAAAGAAUGGAAAGAAUAUGGCAAAUAUGGUUGGCUCAUGAGCUUAAUUGUUAUUAAAGUGAAGUUAACAAACCCAGAGGACAAGGUAGAUUUAAUGGAUCUAUGCAACAGUGAUGAUAGGGAAAUAAUUGCUAAGAAAAAGUUGGAAGGAACACCGUCUGAAGCUUACGAUAGAAGAAUAAGGGAAUUGCUCCUUCAUGUACACGAAAUUGGAGCUUUAUAA